CGCGGUGGCCCCGAGUGAUUAUACAAUCUCACCGAUAUCACUGAUAAUAAAGAAGAAAUAUGAAGAGUAAAUGUUUAUAGAGUCUUACUUAACUUAUUAUCAAAAUUUUCCGCCUGUGUUUGAUGGAUGAAUAAAUCAAUUGUUCUCGUUAAACAAUGUGAAACAUUUGGUUUUCAAUAAAAAUUCUCAAUACCAAAUAAAAAAAGUGAAAAUAACUUUGUUUAUAUUGCCGUUUAAAUUUCAUUACCAGCUGACGUGUUUAUCUAUUUUUAUUCAGUCUGACGUAAUGACCAAAAAGUUUUCAAGAUUCAUACGAAUAAAUAAUUCGAAUGUUUAAGAAAACCAGAGAAGGAUAAAUAAAAUAAUAAAUAAACAAGGACUUGAAAAACGAUUCUGAAAUAAUUACCAGGAGCAAAUAGUACCGGAUCAAGUGCGAUCGAUGGAUCUAAAAUUUAUUUCGGGGGAAAAAAAAAAACUUGGGGUCCUUUAAAGACAAGCUCCGACCUUGCUCUAUUGACAGAAAUAGCGCAGAAGUUUGUGAGCCACCGGUUCACCUCCAUCUUUUCACGGAGGUGCAGAGUUGUUCCUGAAUGUGACUAACGUGUAAAUUUGUUUAAAAAAUACUCCAAAAAUAAGUGAAAAAAAAAAUUAUUAACCAUGGAACGUACACGAACCUACGAGAGAUCAUCGAACGAGGAUGUGCGGAAUCUGCUGCGAUUUGAUAUUCGAGAGUGACGUAAAUACUGUGGACAUUCUCCAAGAGAUGUGUCAGAAUAUAUUGAAACACCAUCAGAUAGACCCACGUGUUCGAGAUGCAUUACGAACGAAUAAAUUGACAUCACAGAGUGCAAGUUUUUGUCGUGACGAAGUUCUGGCAAGAUGUGGCAUUGACUUGUCAUCUUUCUUGGCAGAAAAGGAAAGACUUGGAAAAACCCACAAACAAGUUCUAGAGGAGAUAAGGUCCUUCAACAGUUCAUUAUGUCUGAGGAAUAAUUUUGGGGUACCAUUGGCGCAAUUGGGGACUCCCCAUCUAAUACGAUAUCAUAUAUUAAUGCCACACACACCCCUGAGGCAAGAGAGACGUCUCCCUCCUCAUGCUGGUGGUUUACAUCCAGCAAUGCGAGAACGUGGAAGAGCCAUUCCCACAUCGCACAUUGUCCCCAGGGUUGAUGGAAGACCAGAACACGUUGUCGUCCAGAAAAUGAGACCUCCAAUGGGUGGACCUGGACGUGUUGUACCACCACCCAGUGGUGGUGGUGGUACCAUGGGUAUCAUUCUGCCACUCUACACCAUCGGAAUUCUCCUUUUUUUCCUGUACACUAUUGCCAAGAUAUUGCGGAAAAAUUCAAACAAUGAAAUUUACCAGGAUUAUCAAAACCCCGAGGCAGAACGGGAAUUCAGGGAUCGUGUAUUCAAUCCUGACAUUCUUUCCACUGCAAUAACUGGUACUAAUUCUUACCGAAAAGAGAGAUCGCCUUCACCCAAACAGCCACUUCCAACGAUUCAAGAGCUUCAAGCACUGGAUGAAGCUCCAAAUUCCAACGGUCCGGCGGGGGUUGCCCUAAAGUCAAAGGGGGAAUAUUUGGAUAAACAGUGUUAUCAGGGUGAAGAUGGAAUGGGGGAAACCGAUGACUCAGGGUCGGCGAUGAAGGUCAUGGGAAUGGAGAUGACAGCUACUUCUGAGAGUGGUCAGAAAAUUAGUCGACCCACUACACCGAUUUUUCCUGAUGGACACAGCCCGGAAGAACGUGAGAGGACACCGCCGAAGCCAAUUUAUCUCGAGGGUACACUUCCACCUCAAUGUGAAAUACUGGUAUCAGACUCGGAGACGCAGGAGGAAAGCUCCGAGGAAAAUUCCGAAGCUGCCAUCGUAUUGUCAAGCAAAGUGACACUGUCUCUCAUCAGUCACGAUCAGAAUUCACCUGACUCCAUAGACUCGAUUGAGCAUUCGAAUGAAGAUGGAGAAAUUUUAGCGAACGACGAAGCGGGGAAAAUGCAAAAUAGCGAAAUACCAGCGACUAGGUUGAUUGAUGAAGAAGAGAUUAAUGUUAUCAGUGAUGUGAAAGAUGAAGAGGAAAUUGUAAGAGAACAACAUGAUAAUGAGGAAACGUUUGAAGGAGCUGUGGGAGAUGGAGAGGUGGAGGGAAAAUGUGAAAAGGAAGAUGGAGUGGCUGAAGGUGCGGAGCAAGUGAAUGAGAUUGAAGGAAUAAAUAUGCUAGGAGUAAAACAAGGGGAGGAAGGGAGUGAUGAGGAGGAAGAGGGUGAUGUUGAUGAGGAAGAAUACACGGAUAAUAAGAGUUUGAAGAGAACGGGCGGGGAAGAUGAAGGGGAGGAGGAAGAGGAAGAAACGGAAGGAGAGGACGAGGAGAAGGAACCAGUACAGAAGGUAAUUCACCAUAAAGAUUUGAAAGUAAUCCAGAAAGAGGAGACAGAUGAAGAGGAGGGGGAAGAUGAAGAUGAAGAGGAAGAGGAAGAGGAAGAUGAAGAGGAAGGGGAAGAGGAAGAUGAAGAGGAAGAAGAAGAGGAAGAGGAAGAGGACGAAGAAGGAGAACAAACCGAAGUGCAAAAAAUCCAGUCCAAAAAAUUUACCGGUAUCGAUAAAUUGAAGGGUGUAAAAAUGUCUCCUGAAAAUAACGAUAAUGACGGAAGCCAAGAGGAAGAUGAAGAAGAUGAUGAUGGUGAUGUUGAAGAUAAUAGUGAAGAAGAUGCGCCAAAGGAAAAACGAUAAACUGUCAAUUGAAAAUCGAGUUAAUUGAAUCGAAUUUUCCAUUUAUUUGGUACGAUUGUAAAAGUUCAAGCAAGAAUUGUUAUUUCAUUUUUACUAGUCUUUUGGCGAAUAAUCCUGAAUCUCCUCCGUAUUGCAUAGAUUUUCACGAGUAGUGGAAUAUGGCAGAAUCUUAUCCUCUGAAUACCAUUAGACUUCAACAAUAACGUGAUUUCACUCAUUGAAUUCCGAAAUUUUCCUAACGAUUUAAUUCACGAGUAAAAAUAAUAAAACAUUUGACCGGAGAUAGCGAGUGAGAAAUGUUGGAUAUUUUUCAUUUAAAAAAAUGUUGAGAAUAAUGGAUUCAGGAAUAAUGUAGAUUUAAUGAAAAUGUUCACGUUUCUUGUAUUGAUUAUAAAAAAAGUUUAGAGUGCAGCCAACUUUAUACAACAAAUCAUUUACACAUAUUUAACUGGAAAGACCUAGUUAUUAGAUAACGAGGUAAAGUUGAUUGUUACUGAUCCCAUCCAAGUCCCGUGUUGAGUAUCUUCCAUUAUUGUUAUCAACAAUUGAAUGCUCAUCAAUGUUUUUGAUCUAAUAAAUACGAAGGAUUAAUUGAU